UCAGAAACGAUUCACCGUAUGAAAAAAUUUUUGAACCAAAAGUUAUAGAGUAUUUAAUGCUCUACCCAUAGAAAACGAGUUAUUUGCAAUAAUUGACAUAUUGAAAAUAAUAAAAAAAGAUUAUAAUCUUAUCAGCACACAUUUAAUCAUUUUCAAUUCAUUCAAUUAUAAAACUGAUCCAAUCUUGUUUUAUGCUAAGUGGUGAAAGGAAAGAAAAGGCAGAAUGCUAUACUAUGACUGAUAUUGAACAAAGAAGCACUAAUAUGAAAGAAACAUCACUUGUAUUCGCAAACUCAAUGGAACAGAGCGGUGCGCAUAAUGCAGAAAAAAUCAUUAAUAAAGGACCUAUUUUGGGAAUGCGACAUGUACAGAUUGUCUUACUAUUCACAAUGCUGGCAUUUGGUUAUGCGAUGCGAGUAAACUUAUCAGUUGGUAUUGUUGCAAUGACCGAUAACACCACAUCACUUAAUCCCAUGGUACCUACUUACAACUGGACCAACAAAAGCAUUGUGUUAUCUUCUUUUUACUGGGGUUAUAUAUGUCUACAAAUAUUUGCGGGACAACUGGGAAAACUAUAUGGUACUAAGUGGUUGGCAUUUAUCGCCAUGGGUAUCAAUUCUACAGCAUGCAUAAUCAUCCCUUUUAUGGCAGAAGCUGCAGGAUCAUAUGGGGUCAUGGGAUGUAGAGUUGUGCAAGGAUUAUCUCAAGGUUUCUUCUUUCCUUCCGUCCAUAAUAUUUUAGGUCAAUGGGCACCUUUAGAAGAAAGAUCUACACUUGGCACGAUAGCAUUUGCAGGACCUUCUUUUGGAACAAUUGUAUCUUUAAUAGUAAGUGGAGCUUUGUCUUCUUCGUGGAUAGGAUGGCCCUCAGCUUUUUAUCUAUUCGGUGGAUUGGGAUAUGUGUGGAUGUUAGCUUGGAUCAUAUUAUCCGCCAAUACUCCAGCAACUCAUUCACAGAUAUCCCUAGCAGAAAGAGAAUAUAUUGAAAAGAGUCUCAGUGUAAAAGCAAAUGAAAAGGUAUUUCCAACGCCAUGGAAGGACAUAUUUACUUCACUCCCGGUGUGGGCAUUUAUUGUUGCUAUGUUUGGGCAAAAUUGGGGCUAUUCUACAUUACUUACAGAAAUUCCUAAUUACUUGAAUAAAAUUAUGAACUUUGAUAUGCAUUCGAACAGUAUAUUGUCAGCUGCUCCGUACUUAGCAUCAUUUAUUUUAAGUUUUGUCUUUGGAGCGUUAUCAGAUUUUCUUAUAAAUCGAAACUUUAUUUCUCUAGAAAACGCAAGGAAACUAUUUAACUCAAUUGGAUUAAUUGUACCAGCUAUAGCUCUAGUAGUAUUAGGAUAUUUACCAGAGAAUCAAUCAGUACUUUCAGUAAUGAUGUUGAUAAUAGCAGUCGGCGUAAAUGCGGCUUGCUUCACCGGAUUCCAAAUAAAUCCAGUGGACCUUUCACCCAGAUUUUCUGGUGUACUUAUGGGUAUCGGUAAUGGAUCUUCCAAUAUUUUCUCCAUUAUAGCACCAUUAGUUGUACAAUUUGUUGUUGGAUCAAAUGAGGAAGAGAAGGCACUAUGGAGGACAAUUUUCAUCAUAGCAGCAUGUGUAUACGUAGUAUCAGCUAUUUUUUUCAUAAUUUUUGCAUCUGGUAAAGUUCAACCAUGGAAUGAUGAAGAAAAGGAAGAGAAUAGUUGUUUCCCUAGUAUUUUUGCAAGGAUAACUUGCUUAUGUACAAAAUUAUAAAUUAAUUUAAAAAUUUUUGCUCUUAAUUGUACUUAUAUAUACAUCUAAAAUAUGUAAAUUGUAAAUAUCUGUACAUAGUUCAAUAUAUAUUGUCGAAUUUCAA